AUGGCGUCUAUACAAGCAUUUCCGGCGAUAACGGAGCCAGAAUUCCGUGCUGCGUGCAAGGCUCUGGAGGACCGAUGCUUUGACAGAUUGAACGAUACAGAUUGGCUGAGUGUGCAAUUCACAGAGGAAGAAUUGGCAAUCAAACAGCGAAGGGUCAUCUACAAUACGAGGACAGGCGGAGAGAAUGAACAGGAGUUGCAGGAAGUCGCUGAAGCUGAGACACUCAGUCGGGAUACCGACAAUACAGGUUAUGUGGAUGUCACCUUCUCCGUCACCCUGUCGCCAACAUACAGCGUUCCCAUUCUCUGGUUCACAUGUCAAAAGGUUCCUGGUAAAGCUGGCUUGAACCUUGACCAGGUAUACGAGUUGCUCGUGCCGAACUCUUCGCAAGAGCCACUCCGUACUGUCGGAGUGAUGGGAGGAAUCAGUAUGGCACAUCACCCAAUCUCUGACCAACCCGCGUACUUCAUACAUCCUUGCAACACUCCUGAGGCUCUUUCUGUUCUGAAACCCGAAAGAGCUUUGUCCCCGGAGGAUUAUCUUUUGCUCUGGCUUGGUCUCAUUGGUACAUCGGUGGGGUUAUAUGUGCCGAGUGCGCUGUUUGGAAAGUAA